GUUUUUGUUCCGUUCUGAACCAGGCGAAUUCAUUUUUUGAUGGAAUUCGACAUUGUCCUCACUUCGUGUCGCAUAUUGUGAUAAUUUGGAUUUUCGUUUUCAGUUCUAAGUCACCCACAAACUGUUUGCUCAAAUGCCACAACCACAGUCCUGCAGGUUUAAAUGGCAGGAGGAGGUAGGGGGCUAGACGAAACUGCAACAUGGUCGGUGGCUAUGGUUUGUGCAAUCAUUGUUAUAAUAUCAAUAAUCUUGGAGAAGAUUCUUCAUCAUGUUGGACAUUAUCUAAAAGCAAGACAUAAAAUAGGGCUACAUGAAGCAUUGGAGAAGAUUAAAACAGAGCUUAUGGUGCUUGGAUUUAUUUCUCUGCUUCUGACAUUUUGUCAGAGCUACAUUGCUGCCAUUUGUGUUUCUAAGAUGCUUACCAAAGAUUUCUUGCCUUGCAAGAAGAAAUAUCCAGAUAAACCAUCAGAUGAUGACGAUGGAGAUGGUGGUGAGGCAGAAAACCGCCGCCGGCUCUUAUGGUAUACUCACGGUCAUAGAAUUUUAGCUGGCGGCGGAGGUCCGGAAAAAGAAUGCAAGCCUGGAUAUGAACCGCUUAUUACCGUUGAAGGAUUGCAUCAGCUCCACAUAUUCAUUUUCUUCUUGGCAGUGUUUCAUGUAAUCUAUAGUGCCCUUACAAUGAUUGCUGGGAGAGCAAAGAUCCGCGAGUGGAAAACCUGGGAAAAAGAGAUUAUGGAGCAACAAGCAGCUGGACAUGAUCCUUCUAAGUUUCGGCUUACAAAGGAAACGUCUUUCGUUAAAGGCCACACCACCAAUACCGGAUUGUCAAUAGUCUUCUAUACUGUCUGCUUCUUUCGGCAAUUCUGUAGUUCUGUUAAGAAAGCAGAUUAUUUGACCAUGCGCCAUGGAUUCAUCUCCGUCCAUUUAGCUCCUGGCAGUCAAUUUAACUUUCAAAAAUAUAUAAAGAGGUCACUCGAAGACGAUUUUAAAGUAAUUGUGGGAAUCAGUCCGUUGUUAUGGUCUACCGCGGUCCUCUAUCUGUUUGCCAAUGUUGAAGGAGCUUAUGCUAUGAUUUGGCUAUCUCUAUUUCCUGUUGUUAUACUGUUAGCAGUUGGAACAAAGCUUCAAGCAAUUAUUGCACAGAUGGCUAUGGACAUUCAAGAAAGGCAUGCUGUAAUACAAGGCAUACCUCUCGUGCAAGUGACCGACAAACAUUUUUGGUUUAAGGACCCUACGAUAAUUCUUUAUUUUAUUCAGCUCACGCUCUUCAUGAACGCGUUUGAGAUAACACACUUCUUCUGGAUAUGGUAUGAGUUUGGACUUGACUCGUGCUUUCACGUAAAACCUGUACUUCAAUAUGGUAGAGUUUUAGUUGGAAUUAUUGUUCAAGUCAUGUGCAGUUACGCUAUCCUUCCACUCUACGCUCUUGUGACUCAGAUGGGGUCGAAAAUGAAGAGGUCUAUUUUCGACGAUCAAACUUCAAAAGCUCUGAAGCAUUGGAAAAAACACGCGGUGAAGAAAAAAGAAACCAAGGGGCAAUCGGGCCACCUUCCUACCAAGGGUUUAAGCUCCCCAUCGGGAAAUGCUCAAUCACACGUUGCUCCAAACGUCGACAAUCCAGAUUCCCCAAGCCAAUCGGCCCACAUUGUCGCUAGCGUAGACAUUCCCCAAGACAAACGAAACUAGUCGUCCAACCCACAUUUGCUUUGAUCUAGCAUACUUCAUAUAUUUGUUGUUAAGUAUUA